AUGUCCAAUCCUCCCAUUCUGAUCAUCGGUGCAGGCAUCAGCGGCCUUGUAUUGGCUCAGUACCUUCGGCGCCAUAAUGUUGAGUUCAGGAUCUUCGAGCGCGACUCCGCAGUCGAUGCCCGCAGUGGUGGAUGGGGUCUGACUCUGCAUUGGUCACUCCCUGCCCUGCGUGAACUGCUGCCAGAGGACAUUGUUGAGCGGUUCCCAGAAACUUUUGUCAAUAAAGAAGCUUCGGCCAAGGGCGAUGUCGGUCGUUUUCAAUUUUUUAACCUCAAGUCGGGAGAUGCACUAUACAAUGUGCCUGCCGUGGAGCGUAUUCGCUGGAAUAAAAGCCUUCAAAAUAUCGAGUCUACAGCCAAUGAAACCACCGCGCACUUUCAGGAUGGCACAAAAUACCCCGGACGGCUGCUGGUCGCAUGCGAUGGUUCACGCUCGCGUACCCGCGAGAUCCUCUACCCAGACGCACAGAUGAACCAGUUACCAGUUCAGCUUCUGGGUGCAUCGAUACUGUACAGCCCGGAGGAGAUGGGCGGCGCCGAGUCAAUCGACCCUUUCAUCUUCCAGGGCUCGCAUCCUGACUCAAACGUGUUCCUCUUCUUCAGUUUUCUGGAUACCCCGCACAACUUUGAGGAUAGUAGCAAGGACCGUUACCACUGUCAAAUCAUUAUCUCCUGGGCGGACUCACAGGGCAUCCCAGUCCCAGACUCAAACGCCGACCGUAUCGCACUGAUGAAGAAGUUGACCGAUAAUUGGUCGGAGCCAUUUCGCUCGUUGGUACACAAACUUGGCCAGGGCGUGGAAGUGCGCUCGAUUCGCAUCGAAGACUGGAUGUUCCGCCUGGGCAGGGCGCAUGCGCAUCCCCGGGUAGUGUUGAUGGGGGAUUCGGCUCACACAAUGACUAUGUUCCGCGGAGAAGGCGCCAACAAUGCGAUCGUCGAUGUGUUGGAUCUCGUGAAGCGUGUCGAUAUGCACAAGCCAGGGUCCUUCGAUACCGAAGCCUUGAAAUCCUCCCUCGCAGCCUACGAGAAUGAUGUCUUCACACGAGCAGAGCCAAGCUUCCUCAACUCUAGACAGGCAUGUCUCGAUGCUCAUGACUUUUCUAAAAUUGAAGGAAGUCCGCUAGUUGGGUCACGAGAUUUGAGGAAAUCGGGCUGA